AUGCUCUUAAUAUGUGGUGAUUUUAAUUUCAUACUGCCACCCGCCGAAAUACAAUUACUCCGAACAAAAUGUCCAGCACAAGCUCACUCUUCGGCUCCCCCAUCCCCUUCCCACGCGCCCCCGCGAAAACUAAGAUUAAGCUUCGCCACCAUCUCCCCACAGUCAAAAUGUCUAUUUCUAAUUCAAACCCCGUAACCACCCUCACUAAACUCCUCUGGGGCCGGUCCCUGCCACCCCAUCUCCUCAUCUCCACGGUCCGCACCACCUGGUCCGCCGCCUGGCACCUCAUGAUGUCCCAGCUCGCCCCCUCCGACCCAACUGGCCGAUACACCCGCCCCGCUUCCCAAUUCAAAAACCCCACUAGCCUAAACCUUACUAAUCAAAACCUUCACCUCUAUAUCGGUCUCCCUUGCCCCUGGGCCCACCGGACCCUUAUCGUCCGAGCCCUUAAAGGGCUCGAAGAAUUCGUCCCAGUUUCAGUUGCCGCCCCCGGAAUGGAUGGUUAUUGGGAAUUUAGGGAUAGUACUGUUCCUGUCCUCGAUAAUGAUAUCAUAGUUCCUAGCUUGGAUAAGGCCAAUGGAUGUAAAACUUUGAUAGAGGUUUAUAAUUUACGCCGGGGUGGCUAUAAUGGCCGGUCCUCCGUUCCAAUGCUUUGGAAUGUGAAUAAAAAAGAGGUUGUUUGCAAUGAGAGUUAUGACAUUAUUGAGUUGUUCAAUUCUAGAUUGAAUGAUGUAGCUCAAAAUCCAGGAUUGGACCUCUCGCCGCCUUCAUUGAAGAAGAAAAUCGACGAAUGGAACCAAAUCAUAUACCCUAGUGUUAAUAAUGGAGUCUAUAGGUGCGGAUUUGCGCAGAGUCAAGAAGCAUAUGAUAGCGCAGUAAAUGAGUUGUUUAGUACUUUAGAAAUGUUAGAUGAUCAUUUGGGGAGUUCUAGGUUCUUGUGUGGAGAUACAAUUACCCUUGCAGAUGUAUGUUUGUUCACAACAUUGAUAAGAUUUGAUCUUGUGUAUAAUGUUUUGUUCAAGUGCACCAAGAAGAAGCUAAUUGAAUAUCAAAACCUUCAUGGUUAUAUGCAAGAUAUAUAUCAGAUUCCCAAAGUUGCAACAACUUGUAAUUUUGAAGCCAUUAUGGAUGGGUACUACAAAACUCUUUUCCCGUUGAAUCCAAGCAAUAUUCGGCCGGUGAUUCCUUCAACCUCUACACAUGAAGUGCUAUCGAAGCCUGUCAACAGGGAGUCCUUGUCGUUGGUUGGAAGCAAUUGUUGAACUGAAAUUUCAUAGUAGCAAAUUACGUACAACAUAGUUGUUUUUCUAAAUGGUUUUCAUGUGUAUUUUAGGAAGGUAUCAUCUCUAUACAUAAAAUUCGCUUUAUAUCAACUUUGAGUGUCGAGAGAUGCUCUUGUUCCAAAUAACACGGCUCAAUAACAGUCCGCUUCUUCCGAAGUGCAAGUGCACAAGAGCCAUUGUAUUUAGCCUUUGGUCUUAAAAUUUGUGGUAGUUGUAGAUUGUUGGGUUCUGUCAUUUUAAGUAAUGAAUCUAAUUGCACACGCCCUAUUUUCAACA